GUUGCACAUCUCUUCCAAUUGGAGGCGCUAGACGACCUUGAAGGUGGGUUCACUAUCUUCGCAGCUUUGUGUGAAAGCCAGUUCAGCUCCUGAACCCACAACUGUUCAACAGCCUUUUGGUGCCUAACCUGUUUCAGAAGACAGAAUCUGGACGACUAGGAUAUUUUCUUUCGGCACUCAUAUGACAGAGGCAACAGCACUGUGUGUGGUUUAAGCAGGUGAGCUCUUCAAACCCAGGACAUGGGAAAGUAUGAAGCCUGAACACAGAACGAUAGCCACAAGACAGUGGACAAGGAGUGCCUUGGCCUACCACACUAGGUCUUCAGCCAAGAAGAAGAGGAUUUCUCUGAGGAGGAUGAGCACACCAUCCUUCCAGAAGCAGAGGAGGAGGAGUCCUUCUUCCCAGGCCCUGGGGACAAUUGUGGGCUGCAGAUUUUCUCAUGGAUGGAAGAAAUGUGAUGACCCCGUCACCCAAUGGAAGGCCAUCAUUCUAGAUCAACUGCCAACCAGUCCCUCCCUCUAUCUGGUCAAGUAUGAUGGAAUUGAUUGCGUCUAUGGACUGGCACUUCACAGUGAUGAGAGGAUAUUAAAACAUAAGAUCUUGACUCACAAAGUAGUGUUUCCUCAAGUGAAAGAAGCCCAUCUCGCAAGUGCCAUGGUUGGCCGAGCUUUGGAGCAUAAAUUUGAGGGAAAACAUAGCUCUAGAGACAACUGGAGAGUGGUGGUCCUAGCCCAGGUGCCGAUCAUGAAGGACUGGUUUUACAUCACCUAUGAGAAAGAUCCCGUCCUAUACAUCUACCAGAUCCUGGAUGAUUACACAGAAGGUAACAUCCAUAUCAUUCCAGAGAUUACUCCAGUAGAGGUGAAGUCAGAUGUUGACAGCGACAUCUUAACAGGACAAUGUGUGCAGUUCAUCAGAAGUGACGGGUCCAAAAAGAUCAGCAAAGUCGUUUACCAAGUUCUAGCAAAGCCUUCCGUGUACUUCAUCAAGUUUGAUUGUGAUGUCCACAUCUAUGUCUAUAAUCUGAUGGAAAAGAUCGUAAAGGUGAAAUUCACAAAGUGUGGGGGACAUGGAUGGGGAAUUUAUAGGGUUGGGGGAAAUGUUUGUUUUUCUGUGUUUCAGAUACACAAGGGCCUUUGACAACCCCAGUAUCUUUUCCUGUGGAAUUUGUUUUUGCUCUAAAAUUAAAAUGUGCGAUGUGA